AUGGUCUCUUCUUCCUCUCCCUCCUCCACGACAUCCAACAACCAACCCACCAUCCCACAAACACCCAGAAACACACACAGCGCCGCAGCAACGUAUGCUCCAGCCAGCCUCUCCCCACCCGCCUCCCAAUCUAAACUACCACCCAUAGCCGGAAUGAGCUCAACAGAAGAUGUUCUCGCGACCCCCAGCGCCGGCGCGAGCGGAGCUGCUUCCACCCAAGCUCCGGGGAUGUCAUCAUCAACAAUGUCCGCAGCCGCAGCAACGGGGCCAACGACGACGGCGACCACAACGUCCACAACAUCGACCGCUGCCGAGGAGGAGCUAAUCCGCAACGGCCCACCAGGAGCGUUAUGGAACACCCAGCAAGCGCAAGAGGACUAUCGACGGGAGUGGGAGAAUGUGCUCGAUAAAGAUUUCAAUCUAGGUUCGUGA